AUGACCUCCACCCAAGAAGAGCAGGGAGGUCUGCAAAAAGUGAAGGAUGAACAAGGGGAGAGCGAGGAGGACAUGUUUUCUGAUUGGCUGGGGUGGAUGAGAAGGAAGGAAAAGUGGGGCGAAGUGUCUCUGAGGGAGGUAAAUGGUGAGAGCUUGGGAAGGUUCCUGAUUGUCUACCCAUGGACCCAGAGGUUCUUUUACAGUUUUGCUAACUUAUACUCUGAGUCUGCGAUAGUGGGCAAACCUAAGGUCAAGGCCCAUGGUAGGAAGGUGCUGACCUCCUUUGAAAAUGCCAUUAAACACAUGGACAACCUCAAGGGCACCUUUGCACAUUUAAGUGAGCUGCACUUUGACAAGCUGCAUGUGGAUUCUGAGAACUUCAGGCUUCUAGGCAACAUGAUAUUGAUAGUCUUGCCCCACUUCAGCGAGGAAUUUAACCGAAAGACGCAGGCUGCCUGGCAGAAGCUGACAGAAGCUGUGGCUAAUGCUCUGGCCAACAAGUACCAGUAG